CUCAUUCUUAGUUUAUGUACUGGCUUCUUAUUUUGUUUCCAUUGCUCGUAUGAAUGUUUGUUUAUGGUUUUUUUAAUAAAGCUUUUGUUAAAGCUGAAAAAAAAAGGUGAUCAUUUGUGUUUAAUGUUGAGAUUGCAGUGCAAGUAGGAAAUACGCAUCAGGUACAUAUACUCUGGAAGUUGACGGUUGGGGGUAAGUCACCAGAGAAUCCUGUGUUAGUCUUGAAAGAUAUCCAAAUAGAAAUGAUAUUUGAUACUUUGGACGUAGAAGAGGGGGAAUAAGUUACUGAUUCUGGUCGUUCAAAUUCAAUUUAACUCUUACGUGACAAGUCUACUAUAAUAAAUGAUGCAUUUAAAUUUUUAAUAGGCAAUUUUUUUUAACACAAUCUUUGAGCAUCCUAAAACUACUAUUUAAGAUAUCCCAGGUAUUUUAACCUGCUUAUCAUUAAAGUAUCUCAUGUCAGGAAGCUAAUUCUUUCACCCACUUUUUCCCCUGAAAGACUUAGACUCCUAAUUAUAGCCUAUCAGAUGUCUUGAAUGAAGGAAAAUUUGGUGGGGGGAAAAAAAUUCUGCCUUUCCUGUGUUACAGGUUAAAGCUCGAGCUACUACCCGAGAGGUAAUGGCUACUUACACUAUUGAGGAUAUAGUUAUCGAGCUUAUCAUCCAACUGCCUUCAAAUUAUCCACUGGGCUCAAUAACGGUGGAGAGCGGGAAGAGGGUCGGGGUGGCUGUGCAGCAGUGGCGGAACUGGAUGCUGCAGCUGAGCACGUACCUCACUCAUCAGAAUGGAAGUAUUAUGGAAGGAUUGGCAUUAUGGAAAAAUAAUGUAGACAAACGUUUUGAGGGUGUUGAAGACUGCAUGAUCUGUUUCUCAGUCAUUCAUGGUUUCAACUACUCUCUUCCCAAAAAAGCCUGUAGAACAUGCAAGAAAAAGUUCCAUUCUGCCUGCUUGUACAAAUGGUUUACAUCCAGUAACAAAUCUACUUGUCCACUCUGUCGCGAGACCUUCUUCUGACAUUCUUUUCUUCCACUGGAAAAGAUCUUCGAAGUAAAUCAAGCAAAAAAGCAAUGGCUUUGGAUCAUCGUAAAGUGUUGAUGUGAGGAGGCCAGUGAACAUUACUUUUAAAAUAGGGCUUUCUUGGAAAAUUAUUUUGGUUAAUGUAAUGAUCCUAAAAUCAGGUUUACUUAUCUUUUAGAUUGCUUUGUAAAUGUUUGGGAACCUUUUCUUUUACAUAAGAAUAUUACAUAUUUGAGAUGAAAAUAUUUAUAUUAAUAGUUUAAUCUCUUUGUAUAACUAAAAAUAAAUAUAGAAAUGCUAAAUUAUAGAAUUGGAGUUUGUGAAAGCAGUGUUCAAUUUUAUUACACUGAGAAAUCCAUUCAAUUUUGUGAUCUGUGUUUUAGAAGAAGCCAAAAUGAGGCAAAUGAAUUGAGAGCUAGUUAACAUCAACAGAUAUUUUAAGACUCAUUAGUUAUGACACCAAAUAUAUUAGUAUUCUGCUAUUUGUAGAUUAUUUUAAUGGUAAGACAACACUAAGCUAUAUUAGUUUAGCUUAUCUUAAGCUGUUUGAAGCAUGCUGUGAACUCCGAUGAUAAGAAUAUAAGCUGAACUUGAUGGUGCCUCCACUUAUCAGGGGCUAUGAAAUUCAGAAAACUAAGUUUCCAGCACUGACCUUUAGCUGUGGGAGAAUUUCCCUGUGUUGAUGGAAUUUGAGUUGUAACCUUGACAGUGAAUUUAUUACUCAGUUUCAGUGAGUCUCCAAGGGAUAUGAGAAAUUAAUUAUUUAAUUCAUUAAGCAGAGGGCUAGUUAUUUCUCUGUUGAGAGGUAGAAAUAUAAUUGUCUCUGAAAUUUAUGAUUACUAAAAAGAAACAAAUUUAAUUGUCGAAGACUUUCAGCUUUGUACGCAAACUCUGCUAUUCUUACUGAACAGAGUUACACUAAAUUAGAGAUGUAGAACUCUUUUUUCCCCCCACCUUUCACAAGUUAAAAGAAUUUUAGUAUUAAGUAAAAUUCAGUAUAACAAGCUGAAAUGGAUUAGGUCAAAACCUGCUUUUGCCACUAUUGCCCUUAAAAAUUGUAUCCAAACUGUAGUAUAGAAAUUUGGAACUUGGAAUAGUUUAUAGUCUUUUAAUACAUGGAUAUUAACAUAUCUGUUGGCAAGACUACUUGAGAGAUCAAGUAGUUAUCUGUGUUGCAAAUGUUUAAUGAACUGGCAAAAAGUACCUCCUUAAAUAAAAUUCAUGCUUACCCUCAGUUGGGUAAAAAUGGUUAUAAUUGGGGGUCAGGUGGUAGUGCACAUGUGGUGCAAAGCGCAAGGACCGGUGUAAGGAACCUGGUUCGAGUCCCCCCCCCUCCCCUCCUCUCUCCAUUUCUAUCCUAUCCAAAAACAAAAUGACAUCAACAAUAAUAAUAACCACAACGAGGCUACAACAAGGGCAACAAAAGGGGGAAAAAUGGCCUCCAGGAGCAGUAGAUUCAUGGUGCAGACACUGAGCCCCAGCAAUAACCCAGGAGGCAAAAAAAAAAAAGGUUAUAAUUGGAAUAGUAUCAAUGUGGUCAGAGUAUUGUAGUCGAGUGGAAUAUUCUGUGGGUUCCAGAUCUCCUGAGUUGUGUUUGUAAAUGCAGUGUCCUACUCAGUUUUGCCUGUCUCCUAAUUUAUUAUUAUUAUUAUUAUUUUUUGCUGAAAUAUUAUCUUCUAGCCUUGAGGCUCAAAAAGUGAAAUACAGAUAGCAAAAAUCCUACUACCUCUUCUUAAGUCCUUUCUUAAGAUUUUCUCUAUGUCUCUGUCUCAGACAGAGUAAUCCCAAAGGAUAGUGUCAAUCCUCUGUGAAAGGUACUUUUCCUUUAAAAGUGGUUUUAUAAUAAGACUUUGUUUAUAACCUUUCCAGUAUUGGCACUACUUGGCUUCUGACUCAAACCCCAAGUAGAAAAGGAAAGGGAAUAAUGGAGUGUUGUUUCUCCAUGUUAGUAUCAGGACAUCAGGUUUUUUGGUGAAACACUAGAAUAAGUGAGAUACCUACCUAUUCAUACUUAGUACUCUUAACACAUUUCUCUGAGACUUAUAAAGCUUGCUACUGUUUAUAUGCUAAAGAAAAAGCUUUCCAAAAGUAAGAUUAAGAGUAUGACAUUAAAGUUUUAUUUAUAUAGCUUUGACAAUUCUAGAUAGCAUCCCAUAAAAUUCUAGCAUAAGGACCAUUUCAAAUUGCAUGAGAGUCAAAUCCCGUUAGCAGAAUCAUUAAAAAUUCACUCCCCUGUGUAAAUUGCAAAUCUCAAGAUUUAUCACUUGCUCUAAUGUAUGUAACAUAAGUUUCUGUGGCUUAAAUGAUGUUAUAACUUGGUAAAUUUUGGUGGUGUGAAUAAUUAAUGUUGUUGAUUGUUAUACCAUAUGUGCCCAUUAAAAUUCUUUUAAAUUAUAAAGUACUUCAAAUAUACAGAAUAAUAGUAAUAUAAAUAUCCUUGUACUCUUCAUAAACUAUUUUGCCAUAUUUGCUUCUGAUUUUUAAAUAAAAUGUUACUCUUUUUUACUGC